CUUUUAUUUUUCAAGGUUAAGGUUAAAAGAUGAACGUGUCUAAGUUGUGUAAAAGUUCAACAAACCUAUUCCUUAUUAGCAUUCGCACAGCAAAAUCGAUGGCCGGUAAAGGCCUGGCUGGAGCGGGAAUGCCAAAAAAGGAACGAAUGGUCGUGGAAGAGGACGCGGCGAAAUUAACAAGUCAAUUAUGCGGUGGAAACAUAUAUAUAGAAGGUGAAGAUCCAAAAUUAAAGGACGAUAGCGAAUAUCCCGAGUGGCUAUGGAAGAUGAGAUUGGACCGAGGAGCUACUCCACCAGAAGAACUUGACCCUAAUGACUCUUAUUAUUGGAAAAUAAUUAGAAGACAAAAUCUACAACGAUCAAGACUUAUUGCUAAACAAAAAUAUAAAUUUAAAGAUUUUGAUUAAACAAUGUAAAAUGUUAAGUAUUACAUAAUAUUUUAUAAGAUAAAAGGUGUAGUUUGUCAGGCAAAUUGCUUUAAUGAAGAAGAGAAGGAGUAGAAGUGUGAAGAGUUCGUAGGAAAAAAAAUUAAGUAAAAAUUUGCAUAAAGUGGAUAAUUGUCUACUUAUGAUUUGUGAAGUAGAAAAAGCGUCUAAAUUAAUUUCUUAUUCUAAACAUGAAAGAGAAAGACGCCAAUAGCUAUAUCUGAUUAGUUAUGGUUCUUUCAGCUCGGUUACAGAAUUUAGUAGAUUGACGAGUAGAAGGUGAAGGAAUAAUACUAUAUAUUCUCCUAUUCUACUUGUUUGUUAGGAUUUUAGAGAACAGCCUCAGAAUACAAAGUAUUUUUAGAAGCCAAAGCCGAACACCCAACUUUCAUGAGGGCUGUUGACUGUACCCGAGAAGGUUUCCUACAAAAGGCUCUCAUUCUUGAUGUUUUACAAAUCAAACAGUUUACUGUUGCAGUUUUGUUAUCGACUUUUUCUUUUUUUUCAUCAACCAAUUGUUCAAAGGAAUACAAUUUUGUCGAUGAGUUCCCAAUAUCUUAAAUAGAUAGGCGGCGCUUCUAUUAGAUGAAAAGAGCUAUCAUCUUGGAAUGUAAUUCGGGACAAAAAGUAAGUUUUGUUUUCGCUAAAUGAUUACAAACCAGAUGCUCUCUGAAUUUCUCUUUUCUCACAUCUUGGGAAUUUUAAUGACUUAAAGCUUUCCUCUAAGGAGUUGUCGAUUAUAGAAAGAUCUUGAUCAAUUUCCUGGAUAAAAGACUAAAAACCAUAGAAUAUUCUUAAUCUAUAAUUUUAGCCCAUUGAUAAAGUUAGUUGGACUACAGUAUUUAUAAAUAGACAGUGGAAUAAUCUAUAAGAAAAUUG